AUGAACACGGCCUUCAAUACACGCAGCUGCCGGCGUUGCAGCCAGAAGAAGAUACGAUGUGACAAAGCCCAGCCUUGCGCGAGUUGCAUCAAGUCGGCCUCGGAGUGCGUCUUCCCAGGCCCCGAUCGAGCUCCACGACGCAAAAAACGGCCACUGAAGGCACAACUGGUUUCGCGCCUGAAGUCCCUGGAGAAGCAGGUGCAGACUCUGACCGAAAAGCUGGAGACCGUGAAUCACAACUCAAGGCGUCACCCCCAGCCAGCAGAGAACAGCAGCGCCGUGAAAGGCGAGCGCGGGAAUUUGUUUGUGGACAGAGGAUCCUCCCAGUAUAUCAACCACGAGGUGCUUGUUGAUUUAGAAACACAGGUUGGGCCCUUUGGCGGGUCGUACCAGGCGAUCCAAGACAGUCAGUCCUGCAAGCAUCGCCUUGGGAAAGCGAAGGAUGAGUCUGAAACGCAAGAGGUGGCAUCAAUUGGCGGGGGGCAUAAAAUGGUACCCGGCAAUGGAUUUCUAUUCCAGCAUUCGUCGAUUGCAGUUUUCCUAUCCGACUUUUACCCCAACAGCAAUAUUGCCCCGUUGACCAUGAUUUUCCAUAAGCCAUCGCUUGCUAAGAGCUUGAACGGUGCAGCUGCAACGACUAGUCCCGACGACAGGGCCUCCGAGGCCGUGAGGUUUGCCGUGUACUUUGCUGCUAUCACCAGCAUGGACCCAGAGCGAUGCAAACAUGUAUUUGACCGGGAACGUGGUAGUCUGCAACAACACUAUCGAUUCGCUACGGAACAAGCAUUAGCGCGUGCCAACUUUCUUCAAUCGCACAACCUGACCGUGCUUCAAGCCACAAUCCUCUAUUUAACUUGUCUACGUGGGGAAGACGAUGCCGCCUUCGUCUGGGCUAUGACAGCGGCUUCUCCCGAGUUUCGUGCCAUUGGUACGCAAGUCAAAGUGGGAACCUACGACACCGAAUUACCCCUGAAUAUUCAUGACUCGGAUAUAUCGCUAGAGUCAAAAUUGUUCCCCAACGAAAGAUACAGCUUCACUGAUGUGACAUUCUGUUUGAUACGGUGUGAAAUGACGGUGCUCAUUCGGCAGCUUCACCCAGAUCUGCAUAGUAGCACCGGCGGUCACGGCGAAGACAGUUCACUGGACAGGUGGGUAACAGCCACACUCAUCCGCCUGGCCCUUGCCCGAUCAUGGUUGAUUGCCCAUCUCCCCGACGGUAUGUCCGCGGCAGAGCAGAUAUCAUCGACCGCACUCUCGGAUGUGAGAUCACUUAGACAGGAACGACUCUUUGUGACGGCAAUUGAAGUACUAGAGUUUGCGUAUUUGCUCGAGACCGACCCUCGCACCAAGCAGUGGUCGUGGUUCUUCGAGGGUUACCCGCAAUGGCAUGCUGCCAUUUUUGUCCUGAGACAGAUCGGCGUUGGACCACAAGCAAUGCUGACAGACCGAGCCUGGGCUGUAGCAUUGAAAGUCGUUACACGAUGGAGAAACAAUGACUUCCAAAAGGAUGGGGUGACCUCAGCAUUGGUCUCUCGUCUUAUGGAGCAAGCUGCGGUUGCACAGGGAUGCAUCUGGGACGGAGGAGAGAUCAAAGACGAGACACUAUCACCUCCUGAUAUUGUAUCAUAA